CACCACUAUACUGUUGAAGACAUUUCACAAUGAGCGAACAUAUACCAUUUGAGAUUGAAGUUCACUGUCAAGAAGGUCAGCUAAGUUCCAACGACGAGGUGACCGUGCAUGGAAUAGAAAUGCCGUCUGCGAGUAUGGAUCUUAAUAGUGACGGCGCCUCGUCAGGGCAGGUUUGUAUUUCCAAACAGAAGUACGAGGCCAAAGUGUUCUUCUCCUACAGUAGCAAGGACGUACAAUGGGUCAAUAAUACUGUAAAAAAAUUGGAAACCGAGCAUGGCAUAAAUUGCAUCUUUGAUGAAAGAGACUUCGUCGCUGGUAAACCCAUCGUUGACAAUAUCAUAGACUGCAUUAGAAAAACAGAGAAAACAGUAUUGGUGUUGUCCACCGAUUUCACCAACAGCCCGUGGUGUGGUUACGAGGCUCAGAUGGUUUUAAGUGAACAACUUAUCCGAGAAAAGAAGCUUGUCAUCCCUGUACUUUUGAGUGAAUGCAAUAUACCAGAUUUUAUUUCGCAUCUUACUUACCUCGACGUAUAUAGAGACCCAUAUUUCUGGGAAAAGUUCUUGGAAAUUCUUUCUGCAGAUAAUUCUGAUGAUGGAAGGGAUGAAGUAUUAUUGAAUAAGUUCUCUUUUGAAUCUGAAAGAGACAAAUUUAAUGGUCAAAGUAUACUCCGAAUGGAUUCCAGUUCUUUACUGGAUACGAAUCGCGUCCACCAAUCUCUGUCCUCAAAAGGAAUUCGUAUUACCCAUGAACACUUGCAGGAGGCUAUGACAAAUCUGACAGAAAGUUUUCCACUGCGAUUUAGUCGUUGCUACAAUUGUUCCAGGGCGUUGUUGACAACAAUUGUGUUGGUGGUGUUAGCCGUGUGUUCGUCCAUUGCGUCAGUAUUAACGUUUUCGUUCACUAUUCCUACAUAUGAGACCAGUGGGAUUGGUGCUGCUUGGAUUAUCAUGAUGGUUAUAUUUGCCGUUUCUCUGUUAUUGUCUAUUUGCCUGAUUUGUUGGAUUUUGAAGGUGAGCGAUAUUACUGUUGAUCGUUUAAUAAAAGAUUGA